AUGGCAGUUAUAUUUGAUUUCACACACCUAUUGGAGGACCCUAUAUUUCUGGGCUCGUUUGGUCUAGCUAUUGUCGGCUGGAUCGUUGCACUAGCAGGACAGUGCGCAAGCAACCUAAGCUUGAGAGCAUUCGGCGUAAAUGGUCCAUUUGCAUGGUUUAUCAUUUUCUUUAAUUUGGCUGUGAUAGUAGGAACUUUAGCCGUUGUCAGUUCAAACAAAACUAGUCAACAGCGCCCGGCCUUGAUGGCAUUCUUUGCUGCGUGCUUCGUCCUCGACUCUCAAGCUGUCACAUGGUUUAUUCACCUAGAUUCUUCUUAUCAGGCUGCUGGGGCUGGCUAUAUUUUCCUCAGCAUCGUCUUUAUCGUGUGGAUAAUAGUGCUCGGGUCCGACAAUCAACAACGUACCAAAGCAGCAGCCUACUCUUCAACCGGAGUAAUCAUCGGUAACAAUGUUACACCCACGAUGAUUCCAUUAAGCCAGGCGACGCAGAGUAGUGUGAGUCAGAAUCAAGUCGUUGUUUCUCCAAAUGCCGAGUAUGCAUAUAAAGCUAGGGCUCUGUAUGAUUAUGCUGCUAGUCCCGAAGAUCCGAACGAGCUGAACUUUAACAAAGAUGACGUGCUUGACAUCGCUGACAACAAGGGAAAAUGGUGGCAAGCAAGGAGGGCUGACGGUGUAAUUGGAAUAGUACCAAGCAAUUAUGUAUGUAAAAGGAAAAACUAG